AUGUCGGAACCCAAGUCAGGGGGUUCAAUGCCCUGCAUUUGUACGGAGGACAGUACGACUGAGGAGUCAACCCUCAGCAUCAACUGCGAGUGUCCUCGGGAUGACCACGACAUCGUCAUCCACGAGCAGACAUGCCUCUUGUACAAGAGUGAGAAGAUGAUCUACCCUCAUGAUCCAGCUUGCGAAUGCGAGUACCCUGGGUUCGAGGAUGGAGUCUGUCUGUGCUGCAGCUGCCCUGUCAACCAGUGCCGAUGCCAUAAGGCUGGCAAGGAGGCUUUUGACCAAUGGCGCAACCAGCGUGAGAUCGGCGCGAUGCCUGCAGUGCUGGAGGCGUCGCACCCACUCAUGCAGAAGUUCCAGGAGACGCUCAAGCAGUUCCUCAUCAAAGAGAACGCUAUUGCUGAGGAGGAGAUACUUAAUCUGCGUGAAGAACUAAAGCUAAGCAAGCAAGAGUAUGACAAGGAUCUAGAGUCCAUCUACCGCAGCGACCAUGACACGAACGCGCAAAGGGUGCUAAUAGAAGAAUAUGAAGCCACGCUAGCGCAGCGCACCAUGGAACGCGAGGCAGCCGAGAAGCGCGCGAAAGAGUCGAACGAGAAAUAUAAGAGAGCUAAGGCUAAACUGGAAGAAGAUAUGACUAGAGAACGUGAGACGACAGAAGAAAUGGAAGCUUUGAACGCGCUCUGCCACCAACUGUCGGCGUGGCGCGACGAGACGGAGUCAGAUCUCACCGUCAGCCAGCGCAUGUCGGACAAGAUGAGAAUGGAGAAGCAAGCGCUUGCUGCUGAGAAGAGACGGCUGGACAUGUUCCUGUUCAGCCUGAGCAAUGAGGUCUGGAAGCUGGAGUCGAAGCUGGAGAUGUUCAAGAAGCAGCUCGAAAUCAAGAACUCGGAAAUGGAGAAAGUUAACGAUAGGGUGACAGCAUACGCAGCUGAACUGGAAGACUUGGAGCUGGACAAGCGUCGUCUGGUCAGCUUGUGGAACUCUGUCAUCGUCAACAUCACGCAGAGAGAUAAGGUGUAUGAUUCCGUCAGAGAUGAUUACAAAACUCUACAAGAUAACUACCGGACGUUACUGAACUCUAUGGACAUCACUAAGAAGGUAUUGAUGGAGGAGAUGAACAGGGGAAAGGAGAUCGCCAUGAACAGGGACAAAAUCAACUACGAUAUCGAGCAUGCUAUGAAAUUGCACGAAACCGAAGAUGCAAAACGUCAGACCUUGGAGGCUCAGAUUAAUCAGCUGACGGAGUCUAUCGAAAUGACUGAGAGGGAUCAUGAAAUGAUCAGAGCCGAGAAUCAAUCAAUGCGCAAUAUUCUGAAGAGCACUGGGAAGGAGUUGGACAGAAAGGCUGAAUAUAAACUGAAGCUUGAGAACGAGAUACUUCUAAACCUGCAGGACUGUUUGCUCAACGAUAAGGCUGUGGAAAGCAUGGCCAAUGGCAUUCGGAAGAUGAGGGAGAUGUCCAGGAAGCAGGAGAUAUCCCUUAUGUCAAUGGAGAACCAACAUGCGCACAUAAUGUUAGACAUAGAGAUAAUGCGGAACCGUCAAGCCAAGAACAAAAUAGUGCUGGAAGAGAGCCAGGCCAUGGUGAAGGAGAAGGAGAAAGAGAUUGAUGCGCUGCAGGACGAACAUAGCCAUCAGAUGUCCAUCCAGACCAGGAAGCAGAGGGAGCUCGAUAUUAUCAUGAAGAAGUAUAUCACUUUGAAGGAGAUUUUCGAUAUGAAAUCUCCUCAAGAGCGUCGCAUCGAAAGUCUGGAGAAGCAGAUCAAGUGCCUCCGCGAGCGCACCGAGGUGAUGCAGCAUGAGUGGCUGCGACAACAGGGACACGUCGUCAAGCUGGCAGACCACCACCAUCUCAUGGUGUCGGAGAUAAACCUUAUUGCUAAACAGAUCCAAAUAUGCGAUCAGAAAAUAAUGCGCAUACAAGCGGAUUCGGAGGCAGUUGCCCUAGAGCGCAGUCACGUGGAGCGAUCCUUGCGCACUCUGCGCGGGCGCCUGCAGGUGCUGGAGCACACGCGCAAGGAUGCCACGGAGCGCAACCAGGGCGCCCAGCGGACCAACCUCUCCAUCUCACAUGAGUAUGCUGCUAACUUGAAGGAUGCAGAAACGGAAAUAAUUCAACUGGAGGAUGAAAUUGAGGAGUUGGAUAAAGACAAGAUGAACCUCACCCAGGAACUGGAUCGAGUUCAGAGGGAAGCUCUCAUAUGGCAAAGAAAGGGAAUAUUAGCGGUGGAGCUGAAGAAAAAUAUGAAGUCUGCCAAGUCAGCCGUUGGCGAAAUAGGACUGAUGAAGAGUGAAAUACAUAGAAUGGAGGUUCGUCGUGAACAACUUCGGCGUACAAGUGAGAAGCUAGCUGAAGACUUGGCUCUGUACGUGACGCGAAGAGACACGGCGAUGGACAAGACGAGAGCCGCCGCCGCCGUGGAGAAGACCCACGGCACUGCAGUGGGCACCUCGCAAACCACUUACAAUCACAAACUGAGGCUCGCUAAGGCUGACCUUACUAGGGUCACUAAGGAGUUAGCGGACUCGAAGGCCGAGAUGGAGCAGCUGAUGAAGGACCAGGAGCGUUUGGACAAGGAGCUUGCGGAGACUAGCGCACAGAAUGUCCACCUUGAGGAAAAGGUCGCUGACCUCAUCAGGGAGACUCGCGCCACUGAUAGGACUAAACACCAUCUUCUAGAACGCGUCGUUCGCGCCCAACGGUUCAACAGUGAGCUUACCACUGCCAUCAAGCGUCGCUCCGUCCGCUCUCGACGUCCCAAGGACAACGUGCUCGCCGACCACGCCCAGGCACGGUUCCUGAACGAACGCCUACGUUUCCUCGUAGGAGUACUACAGAACGAAUACCCCCACCAUGAGGACAGACUAGAAUCGAUCUUCAAUACUCUGAAUGUACAUACUCCCGAUGAGUCGCCCGAACUGUCGAUGCCUGAAGACUGUCACCUUAUGCAUAAGGAUCUAGACUUCACGAAUGAGGAACUCUUAGAACAAGCUAAACAUGAAUUGGGCCUUCUAGAUGUAAUGGAAGAAACGAAAUGAGUGUCGUUGAAGAUCUUGAAGAACUGUGUGCCUUUUUGCUAUAAUAUUUGCGUGUAUAAGUGUGUGUUUUGGAUUUUAUUGAUUAAAACGAGUUUGUGUUGAACUUAA